AUGUCGUUGAAGCUGCUAGCCCGGCCAGAUCAACAAUCCUGCGAUUCAAGAUGUAGACCGUUAUAUCGAUGGGAAGAUGCUGAUGUUGAGGAAACUGGUAGAAUUCAUGGCCGUAAAGCUCAACGAGGAGGCCGCAGAGAAUUUGAUGAAGAUGAAGACGAAGAAGCAGACGCUCGCGAAGCUUUCCGUGCUCGUAAAGCAGAACGACAAGCCGAUAAGGAGCGGAAAAAGGACCAGGACAGAAGGGCGGCGGAACGUAAGCGUAAAGCAACCAAGGCUGAGGGCACGACGCCAAUCUCUCUACCGGAGUUUGUCGGCGUGCAGCAGUUGUCGCAGCUUCUUGGCGUGCGCUACGAGGAGUUUGUCGAACGCCUGGAAGAGCUGGGCUACGAUGAUGUCUUUCCGGGCAAGACUCUCAACUCCGAGACUUCGACUCUGAUCGCAAUGGAAUACAACUUCGAGCCGAUCUUCGAUGGUGGAGAACAGGAAGCUGAAGAGCGUGAUCUCAAGCCGCAGCCCGAAGCCUACGACAAGUCAAUGCUACCUGAAAGACCGCCUGUUGUCACCAUCAUGGGACACGUCGACCAUGGCAAGACCACUAUCCUGGAUUACUUGCGCAAAAGCUCCGUGGCAGCCGGCGAAGCUGGCGGCAUUACACAACAUAUCGGUGCAUUCAGCGUUCGCCUCGCGAGCAGCGGCAAGACUAUCACUUUCCUCGACACACCCGGCCACGCAGCAUUCCUGGCCAUGAGACAGCGUGGUGCCAAUGUCACGGACAUUGUCAUCCUGGUUGUCGCAGCAGACGACAGUGUCAAGCCGCAGACACUUGAAGCCAUCAAGCACGCUAAAGCUGCAGGCGUACCCAUGAUCGUCGCCAUCAACAAGGUCGACAAGGAGCAAGCUGACGUUCAACGCGUCAAGCAAGAUCUCGCUCGUCACGGUGUUGAAAUUGAGGAUUUUGGUGGCGAGACACAGGUCGUUGAAGUAUCUGGCAAGACUGGACAGGGCAUGGAUGAGCUCGAGGAGAACGUCGUGACUCUGUCAGAGGUGCUCGACCAUCGCGCCGAGACCGAUGGUGCAGUCGAAGGCUGGGUAUUGGAAGCCACGACCAAGAAUUAUGGACGUGUGGCGACUGUGCUCGUCCGACGAGGUACUCUCAAGCCGGGUAAUGUCAUCGUCGCAGGCAAGACCUGGGCCCGCGUCAGAUGUCUUCGCAACGAAGGUGGCCAAAUGCUCCAAAGCGUCGGUCCAGGUAUGCCUGUGGAGGUCGAUGGAUGGAAAGAACAGCCGAUGGCCGGCGAUGAAGUUCUGGAAGCACCGAGCGAGCAGAAAGCGAACGACGUUGUUGAGUUCCGACUCGAGAAGGAUGAGCGCGAGCGCAUUGCUUCUGAUACCGAGGCCAUCAACGAGUCACGCCGCAUAGCCCAAGAACGUCAAAGCAAGGAAAAGGCUGCUUCGCUCGCCGCCAAGCAAGCUCAACGAACUGCCGCUCGUGAAGGCGGAGCAGCAGAAGGCCCAUCCACCGACAUCGAUGCUCCCGAACGCGACCGUCAACAGUCAGGCCAGAUGGAAGUCCCCUUCAUCAUCAAAGCCGACGUCUCUGGAUCCGCUGAAGCCGUUUCAGCAUAUAUCAUGAGCGUCUCCAAUCCACUCAUCACACCCAAGAUCCUCUCUUCGGACGUUGGAGCUGUCCACGAGUCUGACAUCGAAAUGGCCAAUGCGGCUGGUGGCCACAUCAUCGCUUUCAAUCUACCCUCAGACCCCGAAAUGCAGGGUGCUGCUGAGCGCAGAGGUGUCAAGAUCUUGGAGAACAAUAUUAUCUACCGUGUCCUGGAUGAUGUCAAGGGUGUUCUCGAAGACAAGCUUCCUCCUAUCCUCAGUCAGAGAGUGUUGGGUGAAGCUGAAGUCAGCGCUGCUUUUGAAAUCAAUAUCGGUGGAAGGAAGACGAUGAAGAUUGCAGGCUGCAAAGUGAGAAACGGUGUCAUUGGGAAGAACAGUCGGGCGAGAGUCACCAGGAAUGGGGAAAAGAUUCAUGAUGGCACAAUCUCCUCCCUCAAGAACGUCAAGAAGGACGUCACGCAAAUGAGGAAAGGUACAGAAUGCGGCAUUGGCUUUGACGAUUGGCAGGGCUUUGAGGUGGGCGAUCAAAUCCAAACGUAUGAGGAGAUUAGUGAGAAGAGAAAGUUGUAG